ACACACGAACACACAUAGACUUUAACAAUGUCAAGUGAAAACAUUCUUUGGAAGCAACAGGUUUCGCCCUAAUAAGUGUUAUAAAGACGCGCGUCCAGAAUUGCUGUCGACUUUAGCCAGAAWWCUUUAUAUGUAUAAACACAAACACACAUAUAUCUAUAUAUAUAACAUAGUUAAUGAAUUUAUCAGUAAUAUACACCGAUAUACAUACAUAUACAGUGUUUAAAUACAAAGCAGAAAUUGGGGAAAAUAGAAAAUAAGAAUUUGUGUGACUGCAACCAGUUGGAACGAAAGUCGAACAAAAAAUAUAUACAUAUAAAAUAAAAGAAAAAACCUGAAAAGUUCUUAGAGCGCGAAAUAGAAAAGAGACGAAAGAGCAAAACCUCAAUAUGGAUUCGUUUUACGAUGGCGACCUCAAAGAUAUAUGGGACUCCGAUUUAGAUCCGACGGAAUCCUUGAAAAUUAGCAGUGAUCAUGAUAUGCACGAUUGGUUUUACGAUCGUGAUGUCAAGGAUCCAGCUGUCAUACUGCACGAUAAGCUCAUCUCCGAUGCGCUGCUCAAUGGCACGGGACCAAUCAAAACGGAGCAUUCCUACAGUCUCAACAGCGAUGGUGAUUCCCUGCCCGAUUCACCAAAAAGCCUGCAGGCCAAAAUCGAUGAUAUGGAUGACGAGUGCUACUCUGGCAACAGUCGCAUCACCAUCGAUCCCAAAUGCCUAACACUACACCCGCCCGCAAGAAACAGUCGCAGCAGCGCCAUGCUGAGCAGCACGAGUGGAGCCAUCGCCAGUGCGAGCUCCGCAUUGAGCACAGCCAUCACAGAGUUGGCGGCGGCGAGCACAGCGCGAGCCACUGAGCUGAACCACCAGCACCAGCAACAGCAGCAACAUCAGCAGCAGCAGCUCCACCAGCACCACCAGCCACAGCAGCACCAGCUUCAGCACCAACACGGCCAGAGCAGCAGCAGCAGCAGCAAUGGGAUGCACGUGACGCUGGAGCACUUUCAACUACCUCAACACUUGGCGGAUAUGUACGAUGACAACGAUUGCAGCUCGUCGGUGUCGUCGGCCAGAGAGGGCAGCAUAUCGCCGGACAUCUGCUCGGAUAUUGAAAUCGACGAGGCGAUCAUCAAGGAUGAACCCAUGUCGCCCGACUCCAGCUGC